UGACUGGGACUUUUGCCUUCACUAUUCAGCGUUUUUGCAGCUUUAUAUUGCGACAGUUUUCUAUCUUCAUUUCAUACUCUUGACAUUAUCUUCGUUCUGCCGUCGUUUUUUGUUUAUCUUUUGUGAACUUCGUGGAGACCCUUUACCCAGGAGGGACAUCGCAUUUUCUGUGUGUGGAGUGUGUGGUUGGUUCUGGUGCACGGGGGAUCUCCACAUCACUUGGCGGGUGAAAUACACGUGUCGGGCGUCAAGGUUGUCAUCACCGUAAAAAUUCGCCAUCCCAAGUGGAAGUAGGCACCGCCUAUGCCAGUGACAUCCUCAGUUCAGUGCAACAGAUAGCGAGCCUUUGUUACCCUCGGCGCUCUUGGGUUCGUACUGAACUACUGAAGGCUUGGAACUAGAUCACAGACCAUGGCUCUUCCGGCUGAAACCACCCACCAAUUUGAAGGCAAGAAUCAUGCCGAUCUGUAUCUAGAAGGUCGUCCGGAAUGGCCGCAAGAAAUCAUCCAGAGAGUCAUGCAGUACCUGCUGCUGAAGAAAUUGCCACCUCAGACGUUAGCCCUUGACGUAGGAUGCGGAAGUGGUCAAAACACGAUACCGCUGGCCCCACACUUUGAAAGAGUUGUCGGUGUUGAUGUGAGUAAAGCUCAAACUGAAGCAGGCAGACGACGAACAGAUAAACCAACAAAUGUUGAAUUCCAAGUUGGAAGUGCAGAGGAUCUACUGUUUGCUGAUGACAACUCUGUGGACCUCGUGACUUGUGCUACCUCAUUUCAUUGGUUUGACAAAGAGGCAUUCUUCAAACAGGCUGAUAGGGUUUUGAAGCCGUCUGGUUGCAUAGCCAUUUAUUGGUACAACAAAAUACAUCCAUGUGUCGAAGGUGAUGUGGGCAAGAAUGAGAAAAUCAGGCAGACUGUCAUUGAGAUGGACUCUGUGACUUUACGACCGUAUACCACCGACUGUGUGAAAUCACUUGAAGGCAAAACGGAUGAGACGCGCAUACCAUACGAAGACAAUAUCAGAGAUGACACUAUUGAGUUGUUGGUGGACUCCACAAUGGCACUGUAUGUGAAGUAUGUACGGUCCUGGUCUGAAUAUCAACAUUACACUAGACAGAUUCCUGGGGGUCAAGACCUUGCCAAAGACCUACAAGACAAAUUGAUGGACAUCAUGGGCUUAGAUGGUUCUCCAGAGGGCGCUAACAUAAAGCUGAAACUGCCAGUUACUCUUCUUCUUGGAAGAAAACCAAAUCCCUGAGUCAACACCAGCAUCCAAGUU